AUGAAUAAUGCACCCCAAUUUUCGUUACGGUGGAAUAACUAUGUUAGCCACGUUACAGAAGCUUUUAAUAUUCUUAGAUUUGAAAAUGAUUUGGUAGACGUUACCUUAUGUUGUGAUGGUGGAAAAAUAAAAGCACACAAAAUGCUCUUAUCAGCCUGUAGUAAUUAUUUUAAACAGAUAUUUAAAGAAAACCCAUGUCAGCAUCCUGUGAUUAUAUUUAGGAACUUCAAAUAUGAAGAUCUUAACGCAAUUAUAAAUUUUAUGUAUCAUGGUGAAGUCAAUAUAUUUCAAGAGCAGUUAGAAUCAUUUCUUAUUACUGCUGAACUUUUGGAAGUUAAAGGACUGACUGAUAAUUUAGAAGAAGAAUCCUAUAAAAACCAGAUAAGAAUAAAUGAUAGUGUUUCAUUAGAUUUGACUUCAAAAUCAAAACCAGAAUCCAUAGUACAAACUACUUCAGAAGAACCUAUAAACUUGGCUACUUUGCAACCUACCAGAGAAGACAAUUUGCCCACAAAUGCUCCAUUUGUAGUAGUGGAACACGAUAAUAUGUUUGAUUUACAACUGGACUCAAAUAAAGAUAGCAAUACAUCACAAUCAAAGCCUUCGGGAUCAUCUGAUGAAAUGCAUGUUGAUAAUCAAUCUACCUCAGUGGAGGAUUUGCAAGAAAAAUCUAGUUCAGAAACAGAUUUAGCCAAGUUCCGCUGUCAACUAUGCCCCAAAGGUUUUAAACAUCCAACAUCUUUAACACUCCAUAAAGAUUCACAUGCUGGUAAAACACAAUGCCCUGUAUGCCGUCGGUCAUUUUCUAGGUCUUAUGACAUGAGGAGCCACCUUCAAAGAAUUCAUCAAGGAAAGCAGCUUACUAUAAAGGAAAUAAGAUACAAAAAUUCUAAUGAUACUGUUGCAGCCAAACAGUUUACACAUAAUAUUUAG